GGAAGAAUAAGAGAAAUGACAUAAUUUUAUGGGGUUAAUAUAUUUAACGUAUAAACGGUCGCAAAAUACAAACUGAUCGGUAACCAUUUGUAAAAAUUUUGGGCGUCUGGGUUGGAGACGCAGAGGCGUCGGAUAUAGUUUCUGUGCACUGUGGACCCCUACUGAUUCGCUUCUAUUGAUUCCGUCGUGUGCAUCAUUCUGCCGCCGUAGCUGUAUAUUUCUUCAUACAGUGAUUUAUAUAAUAAUAAAAUCGUCGUUUGAUAUUGUGUUUUGUCAAGAUAAAUUAAGAAGAAAGUGAAAAGGAUAUAAAAUGACUCCGGAGGGCUAUACUCGUGUCUACGUUGGUGGACUCAAUGAGAGCAUCAAAAAAGAAGAUCUACAAAUGGAGUUUGAAAAAUAUGGCAAGCUUAACAAGGUUUGGGUGGCCUUCAAUCCUCCAGGCUUUGCCUUCAUCGAAUUUCUGAAUAUGAAUGAAGCAGAAUUGGCAUGCAAUAGUAUGAAUGGCACAGAAAUAAUGGGUGUCAAGUUAAAAGUGGAAAUUUCACGUGGUAGAGGUCGUGGCGGAGGUAGGGGUGGAAUAGGAUUCAGAGGUGUUCGUGGUACUACUGGUAGGGAUUUCGGUUCUCGGGGUGGUGCUAGUAUGGGUUACAGAGGAGGCAGUACAUAUGGAGAUUAUGGGGGCAGCUAUUAUGCAGGCAGGGGUGGUGGAAGUAGAGGUAGAGGACGCUAUGGAGAAGAUUAUAUGUCCAAUCGUACCGGUGGGUAUGUUACUCGAGACGGAUAUAUGCAAGAUGCCUAUGGUGCUACUAGCGGAGACACUGGCAUGGAAUACUACACUGGCAAGGAUACCGGCACAUCGAGGUACCGAAGCCGCUCUCCGGCUGGCCGUGGCAGUCAUCGUCAUCUACGUGAAUGCACAUAAAAGAACUACGCUGCGUUGCCAAUCUGAACUGCGGGCCAAUCACCCACCCGCCUCGACGACUACAUUUCUAUCCAAUCUACGCAGCGACGUGUAUAUAAACAAGAACGACCAUUGCAGUUUAUGCUGCAGCAUAUAUUUGCAUUAUAUGAUCUGAUGUGACAGAUUGUGGUCGUUGCCACUUUUCUUAAUUAACAGUUCAUAAGAUUCUGUAAAAGUUCUAUGCUCGAUAUGAAAUGGGGAGAAAGAUAAGACUCUAUCUAUCGGCAUUUAGAGCCUUAACUCAUAAGAGUUAUAAUUAUUUGUGAAUUCCAAUUUAUUUCUUGGCAAAAUAUGCCCAAUUUCUUUAUAUUUUAUAAGGUAUAUUUUUUACAUACACCAUGGGUCAUAGAUUAAAUUUGUUUAAUAGUUACAUCCAUGGUACUUAUGCAAGUUUAGAAACGUAUUUGCAUUUUUUCUACUUGCCUGAAGGUAGUGAAGAAUGGAGAUAAAUUAAGCUUGAUAUAGUAACCAUGAAUUUUGUAUAAUUAGAUACCGCGUCUCUGCGUGAAUACAGUCUUUCCAAACUCUCGUUUUCCAGUAUAUUGAUGAUACUUCUGAGUACAGUCUUCAUAUAUCUAGUUAAAACCUUGCUUAUGAUCGUGCGUGUAGAAACGUUUUUAUAUAGGUCCAAAAGGGAAAAAAAAACUAUGCGCAAUACAACCAAAUGCAAACUGCUGCUCGUAUAUGGCCUAUCGUGCUAGUGCACAAAGAAACAGUCCUGGCCCCAAAAAAUUUUGAUACACAGAUAAUGUGUGCAAUCAAAACUAUGAGAUUGUGAGACAUUGUCGCAGGCUAUACUCUGUGCUUCUUUCUAGCAAUAUAUGUGCAUAAACAGUCCUGCAUUUGGAAGCAUCUAUGAGCGUCUCCUUCUAUUUUUUUGGACUCUAAAAGAUAAAAUGAUAAAAUUACGGUAAUGUUUUACCUCGACUGUACAUGACUUGGAAUUGGAAACGUAUUAAAUGAUUUGCGCUCACUACUGCCCGCCACCCUGCCUGCCUGUCUGCCUGCCUGCCUGAUUACUCUCUCAGUGUCUAUAUCCAAUGAAAAUCUUCUUUCGUUGUUUUUCCUUUAGUUCCUUUCUAAGGAAAAUUUCAAAAUGAAAUCUGAAUUUUUGUCAAAUUCAGAUAUCGCAAGUGCCUUUGACUUAUAAAUAUGAGUAUAAAGCUAUUUCAAAGUUUGGUCAGUUACAUGACCCUCGUACUCUCUCUCUCUCUCUCUCUCUUUCUCUCUCUCUCUCUCUCUCUCUCUCUCUCUCUCUCUCUCUCUCUCUUUCUCUCUCUUUAUAUAUAUAUAUAUUCUGAUUACAAGUUACAAAAUAAUCCAUUUUAAAAUUCGAUGCUAUCAGUAUAGGUAUUGUUGAAAUUGAAUGAAAUCAAAAAUUUCGAGAAUAUUUAAUAUAUCAAAGAUUCGAGUUAUGUUAUAAUAACUUCCUUUAAGCAAAACCUAAACAAUAUUUUUUUUAUCCAUAGCAGCGAACAGUACAUAAAAAUGCUUAAUCUUUUAUUUUAUUUCUCAUGAAUUAUUUUUCCGUUAUUCUAAAUACAAAAUAUGUAAUACAAAAAAUCAGUAAGUAUUUUAGAUGAAAAAAUUAUUUAUAUCUUAUUUUUACAAGAACAUAAUGUUAUUAGUUUUUAACAAAUUGACAUAUUCUUUAUAUAUAUAUAUGCUCUUUAUUUGAUUUCACUUUGUUUAUACUUAAAUUGUAGGAGGCAGCUUGCGUAUUGGUAGUUAUAUGUGUGUAGAUUUAUUUAUGAAUAUGUAUAAAAUUGAGAUUGCACGCACACGUAAUAAACACAGAUAUAUAUAGGUUUAAUUAAUUAAAACGAAAUAAUUUGAUAUUUAAAAUACAACUCAUAUAAGAAUAUAUUCUUGAUGAAAAUUGGAAAUUAUCUAUAGUAAUAUGUUAUGAAAUUUUUAACUUGCUGUAUAUUUUUUUCACUGAAAAACAUUUUAUAUGAAAAAUACUAUUCUUGGAAAUUCUUGUUACAAUUUAACCUUUUUUUUUAUAUCAUUAUAUUCGCGCUCUCUCUUUCUCUCUCUCUCAUUCUCUCUUUCUCUCUCAUUUUCUCUCUUUUUUUCUUUCUCUUUCUCUUUCUCUUUUAUUAUAUUAUACAAGCCAAUAUUAUUCAUUUAUAUUCGAUGCCUUGUUUGAUCAAUUAAUUUUUAUUAUCCUUACACAAGUUUAUAUUAUCAGUUUACAAGGAUUUAUUACAAUGAAAAAAAAUACUGUAGAUGUCAAGAAUUUAUAUUCACAUAUAUGAAAUUGAUCGCAUGAGAGCUCGUCACGUAAUAUGAAAUUCAAAGAAUACACGUAUAUAACUAGUGAUGGAAUCUGAAAUACUUUGAAUUGCUUUGAAUUUGUAUCAUAUAUGUGACAACAAAUUCGAAUCAUUUUGAACAUGAUUUAAAACUUAAAAGUAUUAAUAAGUUUUGAAAACAUGAUCGGUAUUCAAUAUCCUACAAAUUGAUAUAAAAUAUUAAAACUAGUCUGGAAAGUUUUAAUUAUUAUAAAUAUAUUUAUUUACGUUAUUUUAUAGCUUACAAUACAUAUUGCGAAUAUUGAUUUUUUCCAAGUCAGAAAAUACAAUUAUUAUAAAAAAAGUAGAGAAAGUAAGAAGGAUCGUUAAAACAAUGGAAAUGAUAAAAAAACUUGAGAUGUAUGAAGACUUAAAGAUUUAUGUAAACAAAUUUAAAUCUCGAAUUUUUUGUCACACAAAUAUAUAUAUAUAUAUAUAUACACAUAUACACAUUCGAAGCAUUUCGUAGCGUUUUUAAUUCCGUUACUAUGUAUAACUAUAGUGAAACAAAAAAAUAUACAUAUCAAAUUAUUAAAAUUAAAAAAAAAAAAAAAAAAAGAAUCGGAUGAAGGAAAGUAUUAAAAAAGAAAUUAUUUGUUAAGUAAGAUGAAAUGCAUAGAAUACAAAUAAAUUUUCUUUCUCCACUGGUUAUUAAUAACAUAUCAAUACAGUAUUGUAUUACUUAAUAGAAGCUAAGAGAAUUGAUCUUCUUUCUGUAUUUUGAAAUAAUGCUCUAAUAAGUUGUUUUACUUGAAUAGCUGUAAAUUCUUUUGCAAGAGGACCUUUCCCACUUGCCCAUCUAAUCUCGAUCUCUUUUAAUGAUGCACCAAGAACUUUAAUGAGUUCUAAGAAUUUUCUCCAUUUUCGUACAUACUGUGCUAUCUCCUCGGAUUCCUAAAAGUAAAAAAGUAUUCUUGUCAAAUUUAUACAUAAUCAGCCCCGCAUAUGUUCUUAUAGUUUCACUUUUACAGGAACAAGUUGAUGGAACAACUCUAUCUAUAUCAACUCUUUGAUCGCAGAAUCACACAUGACUCCUUAACAGUGUUGUGGCAUAAUAAACAAGUUAAUAAAAUAAAUUCGAAUGAAA